CAUUUUCGCUUUGACUUGUUCCCCAAGAGCCAGGGGGUGGGGACCCCAGCUCCAGAUGGUGACGUGGGGGGCCGGCCUAGGCCUGGGGUGUAUUUUUCUCACUAUCCAGCUUCCUGUUUCUCUUCAUUUGAGCACAUCUCUGCAGAAGUAACAAAGCCCUCUCUCCACUGGGCUCCAAACCCUCACAUAGAAACACCUGUGCAAGAAGCAGAGGGGAAGGAAGACGCAGACCUAGAGGCCCUACCCUUUCUGCAGGGAUGGCUCAGGUCCCUGCGCACCUCGGCAAGGCUACAACAAACCGGGGAGCCUCUUUUAGGCACCUGCUCCUGGUGCUGCAACUGGUGCUGCUCCUAGCAGUCACUCAGGGAAAAGAAGUGAUACUGGGUGAAGAAGGCAAGAUGGUGGAGCUAGCCUGCAAAACUUCCCAUAAGAAGUUCAUGCUCUUCAGCUGGAAAUAUUCUGAUGGGACUAAGAUUCUGAGCAACCAAGCCUCCCACUUCUGUACACCAGGUAACUCUUGGCUGAAAAAUCGCCUUGAUUGCAGAAAAAACCUGUGGGACCAAGGAUACUUUCCUCUGAUCAUCAAGAAUCUUGAGAUGAGAGACUCAGGACAUUACAUCUGUGAAGUGGAGAACGAAAAGGAAGAGGUUCAAUUGCUGGUGUUCAGAUUAAUUGCCAAGCCUGGAGUCCACUUGCUGCAGGGGAAGAACCUCACCCUGACCUUGGAGAGCCCCUCUGAUAGUAAGCCCUCAGUACAAUGGAAGGGUCCACGCGAUUACAGCAAGAAUGAGGCCAAGAGCCUCUCAGUGCCCCAGCUGGGGCUGCGGCACAGCGGCACCUGGACAUGCACCGUCUCCCAGAACCAAAAGACUCUGCAGCUCAGAGUAGAGAUCUUGGUGCUAGCUUUCCAGAAGGACUCCAACACAAUCUAUAAGAAGAAUGGGGAGCAGGUGGAAUUCGCCUUCCCACUUACCUUCACAAAUGAAGACCUGACUGGGGAGCUGAAGUGGCAGGCAGAGGGAGCUUCCUCCCCCCAAACCUGGAUCACCUUCUCCUUGAAGGACAAGAAGGUGUCCCCGACAUCGGUUAUACUGGACAAAUUGAAGAUGAAUAAGACAUUGCCACUCUGCUUCACCCUGCCCCAGGCCUUGCCUCAAUAUGCUGGUUUUGGAAACCUGACCCUGGAUCUUGCCAAGGGAAAGCUACAUCAGAAUGUGAGCCUUGUGGUGAUGACAGUGACUCAGCUUCAGAACAAUUUGAUCUGUGAUGUGUUGGGACCUAUCUCCCCCAUGAUGACCCUGAGCUUGCAGCGGAAGAACCAGACAACAAAGGUCUCGAAGCAGCAGAAGCAGGUGCAGGUGUCAGAUCCUGAGGAGGGGAUGUGGUUGUGUCUGCUGAGGGACAAAGGCAAGGUCCUGCUGGAAUCCAAGUUUGAGGUUUUGCCCAAAGUGUUCCAGCCCCCGGUGAUACUCCUGGCUGCAGGCCUAGGUGGCAGCGUAGGCCUUCUGUUUUUCACUGGGUUGGGCAUCUUCUGCUGUGUCAGGCACCGGCACCAGCGGCGCCAAGCAGAGCGGAUGUCUCAGAUCAAGAAGCUCCUCAGUGAGAAGAAGACUUGCCAGUGUUCCCACCGGCUCCAGAAGACAUGUAGUCUCACUUGAGGCACCAGACGAGGGGGAGCUUCCCACUCACAGCCUCCCCAGCUGUCCACUCUUGUGUUUCCUGUUGUGCUCUAGGGGGCUGCAGACCAGAUGAAUGUAGCCUAUUCCAGUGCCUCUGACCAUCUCCUGGUCUCCUCAUCUACAGUUUGCCUCUUCUGUUUCUCCUUUCCGUUCCCAAGCCCUUUGGUUAGGCCCCAACCCAGUUGGUUGGGUCUUGCUCCCAGCCUUCCAAAGGCUUAAUCAUGCCAUUUCUUCCCCCAUUUCCUUCUCACUCAAGCCCUAGCCCUUAUUUGAUUAUUUCUUCUUAACCCUCUCCCCCGCUGCUCACUUGGACCCCAGGGGAGGACACAGGACCAGCCCUGCCUGGCAUGGAGGGCAAGGCUGGGUGACUGGAAAUAGGAAGCACAAGAUUGUCCUUUUACAGGAGAAUAUCCUGAGACCAGAGAAGGCAGGGACUCACCCAAGAUCACACAGCCAGUCAAGACAUACCCAGAUCCAAAGGCUCCUGACUGCCUGCCUCCACUGUGUCGGCAGGGCCACAGACUCACAUCCAAACCUGUGCAUAAACAGGCACACCUGUACACACACCCCGUGUAUACAGCCACACACUUGUACACAGUUCCUUCUUACCCAAGCAGCAUGUCUCAUUUUAUAAACCAAUUUCAUAUCCAUUAUCUAUUUGAACCUUAUGAAAUCCCACAAUUCUGACAGUGACAGGACAUCUCCAGUUUAUAGAUCAGAAAUGGAACUCAGAGAGGUUAGCCGAUUGCCCAAAGUUACAUAGUAAGUGCUGGAGUUAGUUAGGAUUAACCCAGGUCUCUUGACCCCUAGUCCAGUUCCACUGCUGUUUCUUGAACCCAAGGACAAAUACUACCCAGAUCUCUGCAGCUAACUAGUCAUAGGUGCCCAGUAUGCACCUUUAGAUUCACAGGCCCUCACAAUCCACAGGGAGGGCCUGCCUCAGAAUUCAGGAGCAUGAAAGGAAGGCCUCCUUGCCUAAAAUUCCUCCUUUAUAACCCGCUGGUGGCAGAAUCCUGUUACCAGAGGAAAAACCCUUCAGUUCUAAUCAGAGCACAGGCUGAGAGCACAGGCUCUGUGGGAGGGAGUGCCCAGUAACCCGCCACUCACCCUGUAUAGAACCUUCUGGAAGGUGAGCUUUGUUAGGUGGAGGGGGCAGUAAGCC